CAUAUUGACAGAAAGUGACAGCUGUUUUUGUGAUAACAGCUUCUUAUAAAUAAUAAAACAAAUCAUUGAGCAAUAAAAAAUAAUGAGGUUGCGAGUUGGUUACGAGUUGCGCACACUUGACCAUUGCAAGGAACUGGCGGGGCGCGGGUUUUGACUGCGUAAUCGUAAAUAAUUACCACAUACGUAGAAUUUCGAUAAUUCACUUUUUAAUACAGCUUCAAGUGUCAGUUCAUUUUUAAUUAUAUUUUAUGUUACGUUGUUCAGUGCCGCGUAUCUCAUAAUGUCGGUAUCAGUGAAAGUGAAUCCAGAUUUACAGAAAGAAAGGGACAAUUGUACGUUUAACGUUAUAGAACUUACAAACGUAAUUGAUGGAGGGCCACAAAAAACCGAGGAAAGAAAGAAACGAGAGGAGAUGGUGUUCAACGAAGGAAUCCAUAUUGAUGAAGUGCCAUCGGACUAUCUUAGCCACAAGGAAAAAUAUGAACUAGCUGUUAAGAAAGCAUGCAUGCUGUUCAAAAUGAUGCGUAGACUUCAAGAAGAAGAUAACGCUGGUAUGGAGAAUUACAGGGCACUUUUGGGCGGGAAUUUAGGGUCCGCCAUCUUGGGCGACGGUUCGCCGCUCACGUUGCACUAUGUGAUGUUUAUACCCACCCUAAUGGGGCAAGCGACAGUUGAACAGCAAGCAUACUGGAUCGGUAGAGCCUUCAAUCUUAGCAUCAUUGGCACAUAUGCACAGACGGAGUUAGGUCACGGCACGUUCAUCCGCGGGCUGGAGACGACGGCGACGUACGACGCAGCUGCCAAACAGUUCGUGCUGCACAGCCCCACGCUCACCGCAUACAAGUGGUGGCCCGGCGGACUGGCUCACACAGCCAACUACUGUGUGGUAAUGGCGCAGUUGUAUACACAAGGGAAGUGCCACGGCAUUCACCCGUUCAUCGUGCAGCUGAGAGACGAGGAGACGCACAUGCCACUGCCCGGCAUCAAGGUCGGCGAGAUCGGCGCCAAGUUGGGCAUGAACGGCACCAACAAUGGCUUCCUAGGCUUCGACAAUGUUAGAAUACCGCGAGAUCACAUGCUCAUGAAAAAUUCUAAAGUAUUGGAGGACGGUACAUACGUGAAGGCUCCGAGCUCUAAGCUGACGUACGGCACUAUGAUGUUUGUGCGCGUCAUGUUGGUACAUGACGUGUGUAACUACAUGGCUAAAGCCGUCACCAUCGCCACCAGAUACUCCGCCGUCAGACGUCAGUCGCAGCUCAGACCUAAUGAGCCGGAGCCUCAGAUCUUGGAGUACGUAACUCAGCAACACAAGUUGCUGAUCGGCAUCUCGAGUGUGCACGCGUUCAGGCUCUGCGCCGCCUGGCUCUGGGAUAUGUACAACAAUGUCACAGCAGAACUCGAGACCGGAGACAUGGAGAGGCUGCCUGAAUUGCAUGCGUUAUCGUGUUGCUUGAAAGCGAUAACGACAAGUGAUGCUGCGGCGUGUGUGGAGAGAUGUCGUCUGGCGUGUGGAGGACACGGCUACAUGCUGUCCUCCAACUUACCUCUCACAUACGGCCUGGUCACCGCCGCCUGCACAUACGAGGGAGAGAACACCGUCAUGUUGCUGCAGACUGCUAGGUACUUGGUGAAGGCGUGGCGCACGUCCGCGCACGCGCUGCCCCCCACAGUGCGGUACGUGGGGGAGGCGCGCGCCCCCCGCCGCUCCCCCCCCUGGGACAACUCGCUGCGGGGCGUCAUCAGCGGCUUCCACACGCUCGCCGCCGGGAAAAUAGGUCUCUGCGUGUCGCAGAUUGAGAAACGUCAGGCGAGCGGUAUGUGUUACGAAGACGCCUGGAACAUGACCUCUGUGCAGCUCACGGCCGCAUCCGAGGCGCACUGCCGCGCUAUCAUCUUGUCAAGCUACUACACGGAGACAGAGAAGAUCUCGCGAGAUGUAUCUGCGCCGCUACGUCUCGUACUCACACAGCUCGUCGAGCUGUAUGUCGUGUACUGGGCGCUGCAAUGUGUCGGCGAUUUGCUUAGGUUUACAUCGAUAUCGGAACGCAAUAUCGAAGAGUUACAAAACUGGUACGAAGAUUUGUUGGUGAAGCUCCGACCUAACGCUGUGGGGUUAGUCGACGCUUUUGAUAUCAGAGAUGAGAUUCUUCGCUCUGCUCUCGGUGCUUACGAUGGUCGGGCAUAUGAGAGACUUAUGGAGGAAGCUAUGAAGAGUCCACUAAAUAAAGAGCCAGUUAAUCAAAGCUUUCAUAAAUAUCUAAAACCAUUUAUGCAAGGAAAGCUAUAAACAACGUAAAUUGGUUUGAGUGUUGCUAUUUUUUCAAUUAGGUCACAAUAACUGACUCAAAAUUGACUAUAAAUAUAUUGCAGGAAAGGAUCAAUAUCAGUCACAUUUGACUACAAAGCUGUAUUAUUUUUAAGUAAUAGAGACAAUAAAUAAAAAUAGGUUAACAAAA